CUUGGUCUCCUCUGCGAUGGCCUGUGCAGGCCUGCAGCCCCUUGCGCUGGCUCACUUGAGAUGGUGUCUGCACGGCACCCACCGCGGGCAGGCCAGCUCCGGGAUACCUGUUGAGAAAUUGGGAUGGUGGGGCUGGAGGAGCAGGGCGGCAGCCUCCAGGCAUGGGUUCGAGCAGCUGCUGGCUGCCCAGAGCUCAGCCUGUGUGUGUCACAGAGGCCUCACCCGUGGGCCUGACGGCUGCUGUGGAGUGGAAGGGAGCCAUCCAUUAAUACUCUGACGUCCCCAGAGCACUCUAAAGACAUGACAGAAAUUGUGGGUCCGUUAUUAGCAGCUCAGUCCAUCACGUCCACUGUUUCAGUGCUUGCCCUCCUUCACGUAAUCCUAAUGUUUUAUUGAAAGUAAGUGCUGUGGGUCUGCCUUAAAAGCCAACUGAAAUGGCUUUUCCUGGACAUCGAGUUAUUUAUAAAGGGGGCCUUGAGACCCAGAGAGAAGAGUUGGGUCAGUGGAGUUAAGGUUGUCGGAGGAUUGAAGCAUUAACUUGAUGGCUGGUCUUAUCCAGGAUUUUGAGAUUUCAAGGAAAAGUGGACAAUGGCUGCUUGUGUCUGAAGGAUUCGGGCUGUCAUAUGAUCUGCAGACCAGCCCCCAAGUUGCCUUGCAGGCAGCUGGGGCAUCCACGGAGACCAUGAGCUGUGGAGUGCGUGGGAUGGGCUGGCUUGGAAGUCACAGAGCCCAGAACUGGUUUUGGUCGUAGUCUCAGGUCUGCGUAAAAGUUGCACCUCACAGGGACGUGAUGUCUGUAUGGCCUGAGAUUUAUUACUCGGGCGCAAGGUGGAGGAGGCAGCUGCAGGAGCUGCCGGGGGAGAGCCGUCCUAUGAAGGACCAGGACACGCGGACGGGGGCAGAAAGGACUCGGCCACGCAGACCUCUUCGGGUAUAAGAAGUGGAAAGGGGCUUUGGGCUGUAUAAAGCAUCGUGUUUAUAAACCCCUGGCCCGUGACUUAUAUAUUGAUUCUCUCAAUAGGAACAGGAUUAUGGAAGAAAUGAACAAAUUAGACUGCAAUGUCACAUGAGACUGCUUUUCUCUGGCUUUCGUUUUCUGAACGCGGACCUUCCUAGUAUGCGUCUCUUGCAGUAGCAAACACUGACUCUGGCGUGCGGAUGCAUCGUGAACCAGCCCUGGUGCCCGCUGUCAGCUCGCUUGCUGAGUAAGAGGAGUUUUCAGGGGCCUUGCUGGAGGGUCCUGGCAGGAUGGAUGCGCUGCUGAGUUUCUUUAGUUCCGUGAUUACUAAUAGAUCCGACGAUUAUCUGAUUGCACAUUAUUCCUAUUAGCCUGUAUCCUAAGAGAAAGUUCCCCAGGGUUAUUAGCUCCUUAAUGAAAAGCAGAGUAAACCUUGUUUUCUGGUUUGCAUGGAGACUCUAUUGUUCUGCCUAGUGUCUUCAAGGUAGAUGUGAGAUUUUUAAAGAAAAUAGAAAUGUUUCCAUUUUCAGGUUUGUUUUUUUUUUUAAGGUGACUUUUACAUGUCUCCUGUAAGAAGUGAAAAAAGAAAAAAAAAAAAUCUACUCACCAGUAAAAUCCAGCAGUUGCUGAACAGCUAUAAAACAUUAGAGAAAUUAGUGUUGGGCCUUAUUUUUAGCUCUGAUUUUACAGCUGAGUUAUAAUAGGUGAGCAAAUGCAUUGUACGAGUGUUUACCUUUUUUUUUUCCUUUUUGGCCACGUGGAAGUACCUCAAGAGGUGGAAUGUGACACACCCAGAGCAUGAGGCGCUCAAGGGCCUAGGAACUUGAGAAGGCCAGGGCAGCAGGGCUCUUCAUCCUCAGCUCAGCUCUGCCGGUGCUCACGGGGAAGCAGAGCACCCCCCAGCCCCCGAGGAGCUGAGUUUUAAAAUGUUUCUGUGUGUUCAAGGGGCUUUUCCUCCUGCUAGGGAGAAUUCCAGCAAGAAAGCCCCCGCCUCUGAGGUGCGUCAUAGACCCCACUUAGCUGAGUCCUCCGCAGGGAGCCCUCCAGAGAAGUGCUGUUUGCUUCACAGACCAGAAGGACCUGUAUGUGGUUCUAGCGCAUAUUUAAAAAUUCUCUCUUCCCACUUCUUUCAGUUUUGUGUAUUUCAUAAAUUUUCUAGUUUUAGUUGAUGGAUUGUUUUGGCUGUGUGGUUCUUGGAGGUGGGGAUUUAUUGUUUUGUUCCACAUAAAAUGGAAGCUGGUAUACUGUGGAUGGCGCAACCUGGAUGGGCAAAUUUUUCUAGAUUAACUAGAAAUUAUUAUUAUUAUUAUUAUUUUAAGGAGCAGUUUUGUGGUUCAGUGGUGAUGCUUUUACCUUAAAGAGAUUACCUUUUCCUGUUUGGGCAAAAUAUGAUAUCAGUUUGCUCAUGAUUUAAUAAAUAAAAUUAAAACCCUUUUCUUCUGACCUGCCUUUUAGAGUCCAGGGAUUCUGGUUGGUUGGUUGGGGGUGUGUGUGUGUGUGUGUGUGUGUGUGUGUGUGUGUGUGUACGUGCACGCACACAUACACACAGUUUCAUGGGGCUCUUGACCUGAGUUCUUCACUGUAUUUACUUUUCACAUCUUCAGUGCUUCUUAGCAUAUUUAGAUUGUUCUAAAUUGUUGGUAACUGUUACACAAUCAUGCUGCAGUGAAGAAGUUUUAUAUCUGGUGAAAAACAGACCCCAAAAUGGGACGUUGGAGGAAAAAAAAAAAGAAACUCAUUUGAAUAAGUGAAUGAGAGUAGAAAUCCUAGCUACUCAGUUUUGUUACAAGAUACAUUACAUCUGUGUUUGAUAGAAUGGACUUACGGCUGGCGUAAAGGUCCUUUUUAUAACGGUGAUAGGAAUUGUUUCAGUGGGCUUAAGCUAAAGCGAUCAAACAAAUUUUAAAACCCCAGUGGCACAGCAUGUAGGAUGGCAUUGCUUUUCAUGUGAAGUCUGUUGCAGGCCGGCAGCUCUCUCGAGUAGCUCCUUUCCAGGCAGUGACCCAGGGUCCUGCACCCGCCACCCCCAACCUCUGCGCGUGCCUCCAGGCCGCCACUGUAAGGAGAGCCGGCAGGCCAGCAGGCGCUUUAAAGCUUCAGACUGGAAGUGGUGUGUGUCGUCUUUGCUCGCAGCCCCUUGGCCAGAACCUGCCACCUGCAGGGUGUGGAGGCGCAGGGUGCUGGGCAGUGUGGAGGGACCCUCGGGCCUUCUCCGUGCAGUAAGCCAUGUUGCCAUUCUCCUUGGGUUAUCUCAUCCAGGCUCCCUGCACAGAUAGACAAACCAAGGCUUAGGCCUGAAGCAUAGAACACAAGGAGUCAAGUGGUCCACAGAGCCAUGGUCUUCAAAGUGUGAAGCUCAGAGCGACAGCAUCACCUGGGAGCUUGUUGGAAACACAGAUGGUUAGGCCCUACCCCAGACCUUCAGUGAGAAACCAGAGGUGGGGCCCAGAUCUGUUUCAGUGAGCUUUCUGGAAGCGUGUUAACGUUUGAGAAGCACGGCCCUGGGUGAAUGGGAUGUCUUCAGGGCCUGUUGGGCUGCUAGUUAGCAGAUCAGCUCUGAAGUCCUGAUGCGCACGGGGGAAUUGGUGCUCUCCUCCCCAGACUGUGUGUAUUCUUUUAUUUUUUGGCCACACGGUGCAGCAUGCAGGAUCUUAGUUCCCUGACCAGGGAUUGAACCCAUGCCCCGUGCAUUGGGAGCGCAGAGUCUUUUAACCACUGAACCACCAGGGAAGUCUUCAGACUCUGUUUAAGCACUUUCCCGGGUAACUCCUCGGUCUCGCAGCCGCCACGUGAAAUAGGCGUUACCGUCGUCUCAAGAAAACCAAGCCGAUAGAGGUUCUGCAGCUGAGGGUGGUUCCGCCACAGCAGGCAAGUGGAAGAGGCCAGAUUUGAACCUGGGCAGCGUGGCUCCCAAGUCCGCUCCUUCGCCAGCCCCUGUGCCGUCCUGCUUGCUGGCCACCCCGCGGCCGUUUUGUCGCUGUCUCUUGAAUGGAGAUGGGCUGGCGGCAUGAGCAGGAAGCGUGGUGUGUCAGUGACAGAUCACACCACGCCAAGCCCCUCGCCACAGCUCCAUUCGUUGGUGGUUGCAUUGCCGACAGGCCGGCGGGGGCCGGGGGUGCACGGCCAGGAGUGGCGGGGGAGACGUUUGCUCAGAGUGAGGCGGUGCCAUCGCACCGAGGGACGUGCUCUUCAGUCAGCCCGUGUGCCAGCUCCGGGCUGGGAUGAAUCCCCGUUCCCAGCGCCUUCCCUCCUGAUUGGGCUCAUUUUCCCUCAUGAUCUGCCCUCUCUGAGAUGCUCAUCUAGGGCCUGACUCCAUGAGGUGGUCUGAAGACACUGUCUGAGUUUGCAUAGGGAAGUAUGUUUUUUUUUCUUCCAAGAAAAUGGAUAAAAGGGCUCUCUUUCCACUUGGGAAAUUCAGGUCAAGUCAGAUGCGAUCCAGUCUUUUGAAUUUUGACCCAGUUGACACAGAUUUUCCAAAUGGCGUUUAGAAACAGCUUUUCAGGCGGUUCCAUUUCCUUGCAUCCUUUUCAAAUUUGUAAUGAUUAACUGCAUGUUCUUUCUUCCCCGUGGGUCUGUUGUGUGUUGUUGCUGAGGUGUGCCCUGCCAGCCCCUGCUUUCCUUUCCCUUCUUGUCUCUUGGGCUCAGCAGCCUAGAACUGAGCUGACUCCUGCCCGGGAUGGGAUCAGCUUUGGCCGUAGGUAGAGGAUAAAGAUAGCAUCACCCCUUUCGGUUUCCAUGUUGGCUGAGAACAGCUGCAGCGCUUCGUAUAGCUCUGAACAUAACAUCUCAUUCCAGAGUCACUGAAGUUUUUAGUUUUCUGCAAGCCAGGGCUUAACCACGGGGUUUUCACAUUCAGACUCAGAGUCUCGAGUUUUCCUGUGAGAAACAGUUGCUUGUUUAGUUGAGUAAUUUAAGAGAACAGAGAUGAUGGUGGGGGAGGGAGGAGACCAUUUGUUUCUCCAGAGACCCAGGUCCUUCCUCUCCUUCAUCACUUUCAGCAGUUUUAAUUUGUUGAGGUGCUCUAGCAGACGUGUAGAUAAUUGAAGUUAAUCUUGAGUCAGGUCUAAACAAAAGAAGAGAAAACUGACCUGAAAAAGAACAACUGAAGUCACACUAAUUGAAUCACCGGGCCCUGCAUGCAGAUCUGGGACCGGCUGACCUCAGGACGCGGGGCCCAUGCUCAGGGUGGGCCGCGUGCCUCUCAGGAACGGCGGACUCCCCGGUCCCCAGCGUUUCCCGGCUGCAUUCCACACCGAGGCGCAUGUGGGUUGCUGCACUCUGCUCCAGAGGCGGUGGCUUUGAGGCGUGACCCUGCCCACGCUUCGCCCUGUCAGCACGGAGGGCCCGCUUGAGAAGACGAAUAAGACAGUGUCGACGAGAGAUACGAAGAGAAGAGAAACAGGAGCCCCCCAGCCUCGCUGCCUCGUCCGCGUGCGCCCAACCCCCGCAGCAGAUGACGCGCUCGUAGUGCAUCAGCUGGGGCGGAGAAUGGAGUUCUGUGGCCGAGGCUUUCUAGAAGCUUAAACCCUUGCCCCAAUGACGUCAAGCUCGCCCAUUGGCCUGGAGGGUUCAGACUUGUCUUCCAUCAACACCAUGAUGUCAGCAGUCAUGAGUGUGGGGAAGGUCGCCGAGAAUGGCGGGAGCCCCCAGAGCGUCAAGUCCCCCACGAAGCCUCCGGGACCAAAUCGGAUCGGCCGAAGGAACCAGGAGACGAAAGAGGAGAAGUCUUCCUACAACUGCCCCCUGUGCGAGAAGGUCUGCACCACCCAGCACCAGCUAACCAUGCACAUUCGCCAGCACAACACGGACACGGGCGGGGCCGACCACUCGUGCAGCAUCUGCGGGAAGUCGCUGAGCUCGGCCAGCUCCCUGGACCGGCACAUGCUGGUGCACUCCGGGGAGAGGCCCUACAAGUGCACCGUGUGCGGGCAGUCCUUCACCACCAACGGGAACAUGCACAGACACAUGAAGAUCCACGAGAAGGACCCCAACAGCUCUCCAGCCGCAGCCCCCCCAUCCCCACUGAAGCGCAGGCGGCUGUCCUCCAAGAGGAAACUGAGUCAUGAUGCGGAGUCAGAGAAGGAAGACCCAGCGCCCGCCAAAAAGAUGGUGGAGGACGGGCCGCUGGGCGACGCAGAGAGGAAAGCGGAGGAGGUGUCUCACUGCCCACUCUGUUUCAAGGAGUUCGUGUGCAAGUACGGACUGGAGACCCACCUGGAGACACACUCGGAUAACCCGCUGAGGUGCGACGUCUGCUGCGUCACCUUUCGCACACACCGCGGCCUGCUGCGCCACAACGCACUGGUCCACAAGCAGCUCCCCAGGGACGCGGUGGGACGGCCUUUCAUCCAGAACAACCCCGCCAUCCCCGCCGGCUUCCACGAUUUGGGCUUCACCGACUUCUCCUGUCGGAAGUUUCCCCGCAUCUCUCAGGCCUGGUGUGAAACGAACCUGCGCAGGUGCAUCAGUGAGCAGCACCGCUUCGUCUGCGACACGUGCGACAAGGCCUUCCCCAUGCUCUCCUCGCUCGCCCUGCACAAGCAGACGCACAUGGCUGCCAACCAGAGCCCGGAUCGGCUGCAGGCCAGGGCCCCGCCGGGCAACGACCUGGACCAGAAGGUCUUUCUGGCGGUGCUGGGGCUGCAGCACGCGGAGGACAUGCGGCCUGCGCCGGCGGAGGAGCCGCCGCCAGACGACAACCAGGCGAUCCAGCUCCAGGCACUGCGGUGCCAGCUACCUCAGGAGCCCGGCUGCGCCGGCCUGCUCAGCCUGGCCCCCUUCGACGCCGCUGCCCUUGGCGGGGCGCUUGCCGUCCUCCCGGCCGCCGCGGACAGCGUGAAGCACCUGGCCCUGCAGCCCUUCCAGAAGGGCUUCAUCAUCCAGCCCGACAGCAGCAUCGUGGUGAAGCCCAUCUCCGGGGAGCCGGCCAUCGAGCUGGCGGACAUCCAGCAGAUCCUGAAGAUGGCUGCGGCCGCGCCGCCCCAGGUUGGCCUCCCGCCGCUGGCCAAGGCGCCCUCCGCGCCACUGCAGGCCGUCUUCAAGCACAUGCCCCCUCUGAAGCCAAAGCCCCUGGCCGCACCGCGCACGGUGGUGGCCACCUCCACGCCCCCACCCCUGGUCAACACCCAGCAGGCCUCCCCCGGCUGCGUCAGCCCUAGCCUGCCCCCGCCGCCGCUGAAGCUCCUCAAGGGCCCGGCGGAGGCGGCCCCCGCCGCCCACCUGCUGCCGCCCAAGUCGGGGGCGCAGCUCUUCCUGCAGCCGCCGCGCCUCGAGCUGCCUGGCCAGGCUGAGGUGAAGACACAGCUGGAGCAGGACAGCCUCCUGGAGGCGCUGCUGCCGCUGAGCGUGGAGGCCAAGAUCAAGCAGGAGAUCGCGGAGGGGGACCUCAAGGCCAUCGUGGCGGGCCCCGGCGGCAAGAAGGCGCCGGCCGUGCGCAAGGUGCUCUACCCCUGCCGCUUCUGCAGCCAGGUGUUCGCCUUCUCGGGCGUGCUGCGCGCGCACGUGCGCUCCCACCUGGGCAUCUCGCCCUACCAGUGCAACAUCUGCGACUACAUCGCCGCCGACAAGGCCGCGCUCAUCCGCCACCUGCGCACGCACAGUGGCGAGCGGCCCUACAUCUGCAAGAUCUGCCACUACCCCUUCACAGUCAAGGCCAACUGCGAGCGGCACCUGCGCAAGAAGCACCUCAAGGCCACACGGAAGGACAUCGAGAAGAACAUCGAGUACGUGGCGAGCAGCACGGCCGAGCUGGUGGACACUUUAUGCUCCCCCGACACCGUGUGCCGGCUGUGUGGCGAGGACCUGAAGCACUACCGUGCGCUCCGCGUCCACAUGCGCGCGCACUGCGGCCGCGGCCUGGGCGGCUGCCCCAAGCCCCGCAAGCCCUUCGAGUGCAAGGAGUGCAGCGCCGCCUUCUCGGCCAAGCGCAACUGCAUCCACCACGUGCUCAAGCAGCACCUGCACGUGCCCGAGCGCGACAUCGAGAGCUACGUCCUGGCGGCCGACGGCCUGGGCCCCGCCGACACGCCCGCCGAGGCCCCGGGCCGCGCCGACGAGGGCGAGCGCAAGCCCCUGGCCGCCUUCUUGGAGCCCCAGAACGGCUUUCUUCCCGCGGGCCCCGCCCAGCCUCUGCCCGCGCACGUUGCCGUCAAAGUGGAGCCCGCCAAUAACCUCGCCGCUGACUUCAACGAGCCCCUGGACUUCUCCCAGAAGGGCCUGGCCCUGAUCCAAGUGAAGCAGGAGAACGCGGCUGCCUUCCUGAGCCCCUCCGCCCCCUACGAUUGCUCCAUGGAGCCCAUCGACCUGUCUAUCCCCAAGAACUUCCGGAGAGGAGACAAGGACGCGGCUGCUCCCGGGGAGGCCAAGAAGCCUGAGCAGGAACCCGGGAGCAGCGAGCAGGCCUCCCCGGGCCCACCAGCCUGCCCCACGCUGCCAGCGGCCUUGGGCGCCAGCGGGCCCCUGGAGAAGCCAGGGGUCCCUGCCGCGGCAUCCUCGGCGGCCAGCCCUCUGGAAGCCGCAGCGCUGCCCCUGCAGGGCCCCGUUCAACUCGCCGUGCCCCUCUAUUCCUCAGCCCUGGUCAACAGCUCUCCGCUCUUGGGCAGCUCAACCCUCGGCAGCCCGGCCUUGCUGCGGCCGCUGCGCCCCAAGCCCCCCCUGCUCUUGCCAAAGCCUCCCGUGACAGACGAGUUGCCCCCACUGGCCUCCAUCGCCCAGAUCAUCUCAUCUGUGUCCUCGGCCCCCACCUUGCUGAAGACCAAGGUGGCCGACCCGGGGCCGGGAGGAACCAGUGGUACUGCUGCGGCCUCAGAUGGCAUCGGGGGUGCCCUCCCCAAAGCCACCACCGACAUCACCAGCCCAAAAGAAUCCAGUGACUCACCCCCCUCUGCCAACAGCCCAGAGGCAGCCUCACCCACUGAGCAGGGACCAGCCGGCUUGUCGAAGAAGAGAGGCCGGAAGAGGGGGACACGGAGCCGGGCACGCAGCAGCGGCGGGGUGGACCUGGACUCCAGCGGGGAGUUCGCCAGCAUCGAGAAGAUGCUGGCCACCACGGACACCAACAAGUUCAGCCCGUUUCUGCAGAGCGCGGAGGACGACGCCCAGGACGAGGUGGCCGCAGCCCCCGCAGACCACAACGGGCCCAGCGAUGACGAGCAGGGCAGCCCUCCCGAGGACAGGCUGCUGAGGGCCAAGCGCAACUCAUACGCCAACUGCCUGCAGAAGAUCAAUUGCCCGCACUGCUCGCGGGUCUUCCCCUGGGCCAGCUCCCUGCAGAGGCACAUGCUGACGCACACCGGUCAGAAACCCUUCCCUUGUCAAAAAUGCGGUGCCUUCUUUUCCACCAAAUCUAACUGUGAACGACACCAGUUGCGCAAACACGGAGUUACCGCCUGUUCCCUGAGAAGAAAUGGGCUUAUCCCCCAGUCAAAAGAGAGUGAUGGAGCCCGUGAUAGCACAGACAGCCAGUCGGACGCAGAGGCCUCGGCGGCUGGCAGCGAAGUGCUGGACCUCACCGCCCGGGAGCUGCCCGCGCCAACCCCGGAAGGCGCCUCGGAGCCCAGCCCGGCCGCGGCCCCGGCCCCGGAGGACCCCCCGAGGGGCGCGCAGGAGGAGGCAGAGCAGGUGGCGGCGGAGGAGGACGUGCAUCCGGAAGAGGAAGACGCGCAGCCCACGGAGGAGGAGGAGGGGGAGGAGGAGUGCGCGGAGGAGGAGCCGGCCGAGGCCGCCGACGGCCCCGAGGAGGACACGGUCAGCAACAAGAGCCUGGACCUCAACCUCGCCAGCACGCUGAUGGGCUUCAAGCUGGCCGAGGGCGAGGCAGGCGCGCAGGACCACAAGCACGCCUGCCACGUGUGCGGCAAGAGCUUCAAGUUCCUCGCGACCCUCAGCCGCCACCGCAAGGCCCACGACCGCGAGGAGCCCAGUGACGAGAGCGCGCCCCCCCGGGAGCACGAGGGGCCGCACCCGGCUGACCCUGAGCCCCCCGCCCCUGAGCCCCCGGCCGAGGUGGAGGCCACACCCGAUGCCCCGGCGGAGAAGCAGAGCGAGGCGGCCGAGGGCCCCUCGGACGCGGACGGGGACGGGGAGGGCCCCGCUGAGAAGAUACCGCUGGAGAAGAGUGACGACGACAAGAAGCCAAAGACAGACACGCCCAGGAGCGCAGCCAGCAAGGCAGACAAGAGGAAGAAGGUGUGCAGCGUGUGUAGCAAGAGGUUCUGGUCCCUGCAGGACCUGACCCGGCACAUGAGGUCGCACACAGGAGAGAGGCCCUACAAGUGCCAGACCUGCGAGCGGACCUUCACGCUGAAGCACAGCCUGGUGCGCCACCAGCGGGUCCACCAGAAGGCCCGGCACGCCAAGCGCCAUGGCAGGGACAGCGACCGGGAGGAGCGCGCCGAGGAGGACAGCGAGAGCGAGUCCGCCCACAGCGGCGCGCACCCCGUGUCGGAGGGCGAGGGCGACGCGGGCCUGCACACCAGCGCCCACGUGGCUCUCACGCGGAGCCGGAGGGAGAGCCUGGCUGCCAAGGACGCCGGCCGCCGGGAGGAGCGGGCGGCGGCGCGGACGGCGGGGGCCAGCCAGGCUGCGGCCGGCAGGAGCACGCCCAGGGCCUCUGCCGCAGGCAGCCCCCUGGAGCCGGCGCCCCAGGGCGACCCCGGCCGGGAGAGCCCCGCGGGCCUCCUGCAGGACCUGCUGGAGCUGCCGGGCCGCAGGCCCGCCCACCCUCUCUUGCCCACAGCCGACAGUGCCGCGCUCCUGGGCCUGGAAUGACGACCCGGCCCGCCCCCCAGCACGCAGACGAGAGCCAGCAGAGCAAAGUGCCCUGAAUCUGCUUCCCGAGGUGCCCUCAGUGCCCCUUGGCUGCUGGGGGGCCAGAGAGAGAGGGGGCGGUUGCCCCCCGGGUGCCAUCGCCUUACAGAUCGCGGGGAAGGGCCGCACCAGCGAUUCGAGUGCCUUAACUACUUACAGCCCUUGGUGUCGUCCUGGGUGUUGUGUGUUUCCAAAAUGACUUUUUGAAAAACAAAUAUUUUAAUGAAUUAUUUGGAGAGGACCUUUUCAUUUAAGCAUUAACAUUACCUUCUGUCUUGGUGUGUGUGAGCUUGUUUUUGCAAAUCUGUGAUAGUCACGUUUGUUCUAUGAGCUGGAAACAGACGAAAAAAAAACAUGCCCUUGGAUACCUAUGGCCAAUAACUGGAAGAAAGUGACGCGAAUUCCAUGUAAAUUCCCAGAGGAAAUGUGGAUAAGAUGCUCAUUUCUCAAAUAGACUUUUUUUUUCUGUUUGCUACAUGGUGGAGCUGUAAUCUGGUCCUCGGUGUACUGCAGGAUGUGGUUGAUGAAGGUUUCCAAUUUGGUUCAAGCCAAAACCAGGAAAGGUUCUAGCUUCGACCUGGGACACAUUUCCACUCUCAGCGUUAGACAUGCCGUUACUGCUGCAGUUUCCAGACAGAGGAGAGUCCCCCUGGCAACUGAACCGGCGGAAAACAUGCAUAGAUGUCAUAUAUCUGAUUCCUACCCCCAACCCCCACCCUUUUCGGUAUAUGUAUUAAUAAUAUUAUUAUUAUUAUUAUUAUUUGUAGUUCAUCAGUUUGCUGGUCUCUGCAGUCAGCAGAAACAAAUGGGCAAUAUUUGUCCUGGGAGACCGGGGCCACCCCCGCCCGGCCUCCCCUCGCGUGAGCGUCCGCCCGCAGCCUCUGCCAGGCCCCCUGGGGCGGCAGGUCUUCUACUGUACUCAGACACGCCUCUCUUCUGUGACUGCAGCACCCAGCAGGGGCCCCGCGGUCCUCCGCCCGCCCUGGGGGGCCGGGGGCAGUGGGGAGGGGAGAGGAGGCGCGGUGGGCGCCGGGGCCUCCAGGGAAGCCGGGCGGCAGGACCCGUUGCUCGCCAGGUCUUUCUGCCAAACCCAGCCCAGGCCUCACCCACCGGCGCCCCCGUCCUUUGCAGAGCGAGGGAGUUCUACUACUGGUAACAAAACUGCACACGGGAGACGGAAGAGGGACGUACGUUUCCCUUCCUGUAAUCUGGGGUUGGUGCUUGAAGAGAAACACGUGUCUCUAGUUUCUGGGUCGCCCAAGCCCCUGGGCGCACAGAGGUGGAUUUUCUUUUCGUGAGCAUCGUAUGCAGGCAAUAGACCCCCUCACUGUAGCUGCCAGCAGUGACUGGAAACUGACCCUACUGUAGCUGGGCUGUGCUCAGCGGCCUGUCCUCUAGCCGGGACCCCCCGGGACCCCCCGAGCCUCAGUGCCUCAGGCGCCCCCCCCCCGGGACCCAGGGCUCCUCUGUCCUCAGACCUGUACCCACCACAGGGACCCCCGCCCUCCCUUCCUCACCCACUCCCAGUGGCCAAAAUCCAACCGCCCAGACUUCAAAGGAAGCUGUGUGUUCUUGACAUGAUGAAAAAGCGGUAUCUUUGCAUGUGAAAGGCGAAAGGUUGAGGUAUAUUAAGAUUUUUAACUGUAUUAGGGAUGUGUGAACCAGUUUCAAAAUGAGGUUUUAUUUACUUUAGGUGAAGAUGAAUCAGAACCAAUGACCACCCCCCCCACCCCCGCCCCGACCCUGUAUCACUUCAUACCAAGUGUGGUGUGCUUACCUAAAACCAAUUCAUUCAUCCCUUAAUUUUUUAUGACGAUUGUUGUUAUUUUCAUUGUUAUUAUUAUUAUUUGGGUGUUUUGUUUUCCUUUGCAGCUCUCCACACUAAAACUCGGAACGUUGUGGGGAGAAGCCACGAGUUAACUCUGCGCUGGGGUGAGAUGUCGCCGGAACCAGCCCGGCACUGCGGCCAAGGCUGCCGCUCGCAAUAAUCACUAUUGAUUUAAAGCUUUAUUUAGCCUUCAUCUGUACCCUCGUAGUCGAUAAGGUCUUGCCACAUUUUAUUAGUGAGGUUGAGAGAUGUAUCAUCUGUUUGUUGUUCUGUCCCCUCCCCCAAUAUUAAACUGUGAAAUUUGUGAUUUGUUUAAUCUCUGGGUGAAUCAUAGCUUAGUUUGCAUGUCCAGCUAAUUUGUUUCUAUACAUUUUGUUUGAUUCUUUUUCUCCUUCUCUCAGGGCUUUUACAAAAAAAAAAAAGAAAUAUAUAUAUAUGGAUCUUCUGAAAAGUUUUUUGAGGUGCAAGUUUCUCUCUUUUGUUUUUUCUCUUUGAUUUAUGAACAUGAUGCUGAGAUUCAAUCACUACAUGAAACUCCCGGCUGUGAAAACAAACGAAAACCGGGGGCUGUUUUUCCCACCAGCCCCCAGAGGAAGCUGUGUGGCAGUCGGACGCCCGUUUGUUUCAGAAAGUCUCACCGUUCUUUCCACGCUCUGUUCUCUCUUUCCUCCAAAAGGAAGUUGAUCCUGGUGAUUUCAGCCCAUGCAUUAAACAGGAAACAAUAAUAAAUGUGUAGAAUUCAUAUUUUUCUAAAGGGAACUUAAAAAACUGCUGCUACAUGUUGUGUACAAAACUGGUUUAUGCCACAUGAACAGAGAAUCACAAGUUCGGUUUUGGUACUUCUCGUCCCUCUUUGUAUCCAGUUGUAUAGUACUUCCAGAUUCAAAAUGAGAAGAAACGCUGUUCUGUAUCAAACCAUCUACAAGCAAUAAAUGUUAUAUUUUAAAAACGG